AUGGAUGGAACUACUCUACAAAGUUCCCAACAGAAGAACCACUCUACAUUGGUAGAAUUCAUCUUACUUGGCUUUUCUGAUGUUCCUAACUUGCAAGAAUUUCUUUUUGGGUUGUUUUUGAUAAUCUAUCUAAUUAUUCUGAUGGGCAAUAGCCUUAUUAUCAUAAUUACGAGGGCUGACCCUUCCCUGCAGACUCCCAUGUACUUUUUCCUUGGAAAUUUUUCUUUCUUAGAAAUGUGUUACGUGUCAGUCACUCUUCCUAGGCUAUUAACAGAUCUCUACAGACAAGACAAAAUCAUUUCUUUUAUGGCUUGUGCUACUCAAAUGUAUUUCUUUCUUGUCUUUGGGGCCACUGAGUGCUUUAUUCUGACUGCUAUGGCUUAUGACAGAUAUGUUGCUAUUUGUAACCCAUUGCUCUACCCUCUCAUCAUGAACAAUAGUCUCUGUAUACAACUGGCAGCUGGUUGCUGGAUAAGUGGAGUCCCUGUUCAUAUAGGGUUCACAUACUGGAUCUUUUCUCUACCGUUUUGUGGAUCAAAUCAGCUGAAUCACUUUUUUUGUGACAUACCUCCAGUCCUGACCCUAGCUUGUGGGAACACUUUUAUGAUAGAGAUGUUGAUUUAUGUGAUCGCCCUUUUAGUGGUCACCAUUCCUUUUAUGCUGAUCCUUGGAUCGUAUGUGAAAAUAAUCUCAAGCAUUCUGAAGCUUCCAUCUGCAACUGGGAGAGCCAAGGCCUUCUCUACUUGUUCUUCCCACCUUAUAGUUGUAGGUUUAUUCUUUGGAUCAGGUAUCAUUACAUACUUGAGGCCAAAGUCCAGCCACUCAGCAGGAGUAGACAAAUUCCUUUCUCUUUUCUAUACUGUUGUGACUCCAAUGUUUAACCCCAUGAUAUACUGUUUGAGAAACAAAGAUGUUAUGAUUGCAUUGAAAAAAUUUCUUCUGAGAUGGUUCAUGUUAUAA